AUGGCAUUGAAACGUCUUACAUUCUUCGGGUCCCCUCCAUUGUCACCAACAAAAAACCCCACUAUAUCUUUUAUUAAUUUCCCUUCUCAAGAAAAGCUGGACGAUAAAUUACCUAAUGCCGAUGACGUUCGUAAGGCGAUAGAUAAUUUAGAACGCCUCGUUCUAGCUUCUGACGCUUAUCGGGACGUAUUGAACAAACUAAAUAAAGCAACGAAAACGUUUGGUAAGCUAUUAAAAGAUUAUAGUAACAGCAAAGGAAUGGAAAGCAUUCAUGUCAUGUGCCUUCAGACGACUUCUCAAUUUUAUGAAAAUAGUACAGAAAUUCAAUCAAAACUGAAUAAAGCUUUACAAAAGGAUUUCGAAGCGAUUCAAAAAUACUGGGAAAAAUACUCUAAAAAAGUGGCCCAAUACAUGACAACAUUUGCAGCUCUAGGUUCGAAUAUUGGACAGGCACAAAAAGAAUAUGCCGAAAAGGUGGCGAAACGUGAAAAACGAACGCACACGAUUAUAUCUCAAAUAGUCUGUAGACUUGCUGAAGGUCAAUUCGCUUAUUUUAAUGAUUCAUUAAAGAGAUGUGGACCUAGUAUAACAAAGAUGAAAGAGUGGGAACCAUUCGCAGGAGAGGACAUGCCACCACCUCAAGAUUUGGAUGAUUUUCUGGAGGAACAAGCAUCUCAAUCACAAUCAGAUAAGAGUUCGAUAACUUCGGAGAAAAAAGUAGUAUCUAUUGCAUCAAUAGCGGAGAAACAGAUAGCCGCAAUGAACCUUUCACAAGAAUCUAGGUUACCGUUUAAUGAAGAACCUGAAAAUAAUGUCAUUACAACGAGAUACGUGCAAACGCAUGAACAAAAGUCUCCGGUAAUAACAACACCUGAAACUACUAAGCCGACGUAUCAUCAUCCAUUUUCUCUUACCUUGGAUGGAAUAAAUAAUCAUGACAAGAAAAGUAAUGAAAGCACUAGUUGUUCAAGUCUGGCAACAUCAUCAGUACCUACAACUCCUAUAGUACAGCCGGCACUUUCUGUCGAUACUACAACUACGGCUUCUUCACCUAUACAACCUUCAAAUAAUUCAAAUAAUACAAAUAAUAGCCUAAAAACUUCGUCAACGUUAGAUCUAUUCUCAAGAUUUUCGAUCGGAGUUCGUGAUGAUGAUGAUCCAUUCAUACGGGAUGAGAAGGCUGUUGAAUUUCGUCACCCUGAAGUUUUCGUGGAAAGCAAAGUCGAAAAGAAUGUGUCAAGUCAAAAUGUUAGUAAUCAAUUCAUAAAUCAAGAAGAACGAUCUACCAAGUUCCAAAAUAAGGAUGAAGAAAAACCCGCGAAACUGCAGGUAGAGGAAUCCGAACAGAAAGACCUUUUCAAAUCGUCGACAUUUCCACCCAAUAAGGAUGAUAUUUCUAACAAUAGUAAUGCAACAAUAAAUGAUGUUAACAAAAAGGAUUAUGAUAAGCCAAUCGAGAAACCAAAAAUUGAAGAGAACGAAAAAACAAAAAGAGAAUUGCCCCCCGUUGAAAAACCUAAUGAAAAUAAUGAGACAAUUAAAUUAACGCUUGAAACAAGUAAACCUAUUAAGGAUAAUGAAAUCGAGAUUACAAAUGAGAAGAAAUCGUCAAUUGACAAUAAUUUUAUCCCUAAUUUAAAUAACGAUAAUUAUUACAAUACUUUAAAUACUUCAGUAAAUCAAUCACCACCUCAAGUAUGUUCGGAAAGUCCUAAACACAUCUUUAGCGAGUUUUCGUUAAAAAAGGAAAUACCAUCACCUUCUCGAUCACCAGUUCCACUAGAAUAUUCUUAUGAUGGUGAUGAAUACAGAAAAGAAUACAAGACCUCAAGAAAAUAUGAUGAAGAUAGCGUUUAUUAUCAAAUAAGCCCAGAGCUAAAUAAUAAUGAAAGAGUAAAUGAAAUGAAUCGAUACACAAACAGAGAUGUAAUUCAUCGGGAUGAAACUUUAAUUUAUAAUUCAUCCAUUCGUGGAGAAAGAACGAUAUAUAAUGAUGCAAAUUAUGAUCGUCCGAAACAGUAUAUCGAUGAUGAUUAUGAAUCAUACGAUUAUGUUCCCUCGCAAAAUCCAGGAUCAUAUGAUUCGAGAGAUACGAGAGACAGGCCGUUCCCACAAAGACCGUACAAUAAUAAUCAUCCUAUACCUCCAAGGCGUGGUUCGUCAGUUCGUGAAAUGACAAAUCGUUUUCAGUUAAUGAACGAGGAGAGAAAACCCAUAUCUCAUUCAACACGGCAAACGACAUUGCCAACGUCAGGACGUGUUAACGAAAUUACGACUCGAUUUGGUGAAAGAAGAGCAACAAUACGAAAUGAAAAUCCACGUGGUGGAGAUUAUCAGUAUGAAAGUUACAAUGUGCCGAUUGAUUACAGGAAUGAUAGAUUUGUUACCUCACAUGAUGGCAUAACACCAAUUCAUCUAUGCGAUUGUCAUAAUUGUCAAAUGGCUAGUAGUAGAAUAGCUUUAAGGCAUAAUACUGCGUCAUAUAAUCCUAGAAUUGAUUCAGACUUUGGAAGAAAGCAUUAUAAUAGAUGA